UGCCCCGCCCUCUCUCCGUGUUUACAGUCUGAUUUGGCGGGAGAAGGCAGCGCGUGCUCGCGGCGCCGCCGUGUUUCCUCGUUUUUAGCCUCGUGUUUAUGGUUUCGGUUCUCGGGGGGCGGAUAUAUACUCGGCGCUGGAGAGACAUGGCGGCGACUCUAGUGGAGAGCGGCGCGCUCGGGGACAGCGAGCUGGACCGGAGCGGAGCUGAAGAGCCGCGGGGUGAGGGUGAGGAGGACGGGGCUCAGCACACGAGCCCCGCGGGGGGACACAGCCGGCUCGCCAAGCUGCCGCUCUCCCGCAUCAAAGCCCUGAUGAAGGCCGACCCGGACCUGAGCCUGGCCAGCCAGGAGUCCGUCUUCAUCAUCGCUAAAGCCACGGAGCUCUUUGUGGAAAUGAUAGCCAAGGAUGCGCUUGUCUAUGCACAACAGGGAAAAAGGAAAACUCUGCAGAGGAAAGAUCUAGACAAUGCAAUUGAGGCAAUAGAUGAAUUUGCAUUUCUUGAAGGUACUUUGGACUGACUGGUCACUUGCUCAUUGGAGUAGAAUAUUUUUCUUCAUCAAAACAAAAGACUGCUAUUUUGUUUACUUCUGUACAGCCUGGGCUUGGGGAUCAUCUUAACCUUCAAGACAAAUGUGGUUAUUUUCAAUGACUUUUAUGUUGUGACUAUGUACAGCUUUGAAUAUAUUGAUAAACUUACAAGCUAAGUUUGUGUGGUAAGUGCCAAUUUUACUUGUGGAUAUGUUAGUCUCUUGCAACAUGUUGUAAUAAAUAAUUCCUGUAA